AUCCAAGCUCAUAUCCUAGCCUCAAAGCCGGCGGCAAGCAGCUGCGCCCUCUGCACUUUGGAGCACGCCGGCAUUUUUGUUAGUUUUACAUUAUUAAUAACUUCUGCGGUUACAACCUGCCUAAGAACGCUCAUAUCAAUGUCCUGGCACUGGGAUCUUGAACAUAUCCGAGGCACCCCAGCAGGAGUAAACCGACAUGAGCGCAGGAAGCCAACGCUUCGACUUGGAGCGCAAUGCUCCGAAGCUUCAACUGCGGGAUUGGAACGACAAGGAUGGCAAACCGACUGAGCAAGUGUGGGAGAUCAGCUUUCCUGAUGGCCGCCCUACCCAAAUCUACCUGGAUGCGAACAGCUGUCAAGCCGUGCACCGCAUCCGGUCAUGGGCGGCAACCCGCUGCCGGCGGGCCGACCAGAAGGGGCGCAUCAGCGCUCUCCGGACCCUCGUGGUCUCGGGACUCAUAAAGACCGGCAAGUCCUACACACUCAACGAGGUGGUGCCCGCCGUGCUGGCGGAGGCGCUAGCCCGGGAGCCGCUCGGGCAUCGCCUCAAGGGCAUACGAGUUCUACGGAUGAACUGCAUGGACUUAAAGCGCAGGAACGGCGCCGGCGCGCUGAUGUAUGACCUGCUGAGCAUGAUUGUGGAGUGGGCGGUGCAGGCGGACGUGCGGGUCAAUGAUGACGAGUGGCGCAAGGCGCAGGCGGUCCUGGCCGACGGCCCCAGCGGCAUUAGCAUGGACACGCGCGCCGGCCGCGCAGUGGCGGAGCUGUUCGAGCGCGGCUUCCAGACGCCCGUGCUGGUGCUGAUGGACGAGCUGCAAGCGCUGCUGCAGCCCACCACGUAUGACAAUGCUGGAGGGCAGGAGCAGCUGAACCGGGGGGACAUCGCCUUCAUCCGCGACGUCGUGCUGCGCCGGCUCCUGAUCAACACCCCGCCGCACGUGCUGUGGGCGUUCACGGGCAGCAGUAUAGUGUGGACAUCACUGGCGGCCAUGCCCGUGAACGGCACGGCGCCGCUGAACCAGAUUAAGCCGGUGCACCUGCCCGCUUCAGUCCCGCCACACUUGAUGCAGGAGCUGGUGGUGCACAGCCUGCAGCAGCUAGGCCUGUCGGAGCAACAGGAGCAGGCCGUGGGGCAGGCGGAGCACCAGCAGUUGACGGCGCUGCUGGAGCGGUCAGGCAAUUCGCCGGCCCUGUUCACGACAAUGUUGGAGCUGUGGGCCGAUGAGGAGACGUCCGUGGACAUCACCACGUUUGUGGGCGAAUUCAUGACGAACAAGCUGUUUGAGGAGGCGGUGAAGGAGUGGAACCUGGCCCUGGCGCACAUGUCUGACGAGGACCGCCGCCGGGUGCUGGACCUGGCAAACGUGGUGCUGGGCGCCCAGGUCACGGGGUUUCCGAGCCGGGGUAUCUGGCGCUUCCUGGAGCCGUACAUGCUGAAGACGGACCACGGGCGCUACUACCUGGCUGACCCCAUGCAGCGGCUGCUGCUGCGGUCGGUUAUUGAUCGAGGCGGCAAGCUGCGCACGAGCUUCACGGGCCUGGGGGAGGGCCUGACACUGGUGCAGCUGGAGUGGGGCUGGCUGAUACUGCAGCUGGGCGAGGUGGCGGACUACCUGGUGGGGCAGCGCCGCCCGCCCAAGGGCUUCCCCAGCCACGUCGACGGCGCCACUGAACUUACCGCCAUGCUGAAGGAGUUCGCAACCAAGGCGAAGCUGCCUGGCGCCAAGGGCGUGAGCACAGCUGACCGCUGGGGGGCACUGCCCGCGUUCCAGAAGGCACUGGAGUCCCCAUACAACAAGGGCAGCCGCGCCUGGUACGAGCUGGGGGGCAAGGACAACAGGCUGCAGAGCGACCUGGACUACCUGGUGUUUUUCCUGCGGCUGUGCCGUAACGUGCUGGCGCACCACUGGCAGCAGCAGGGCCUGGUAGACAUCCUGCAGGUGAUGAUGGCGCUGCCCGACAUGUUGGGCAUGAGCGCGGGCGCGCUGGCCGAGCAGGUGCGCACUUGCAUGAGCAAGCUGCAGCCGGCCACCAUCGAGGCGGCUGCUAUUACCGCCGCUACUGCCGCGGAGGGAGAGGAGGAGCGCGCUAGCGCCGGCAGCGCCCCCAGCGCGGGCAGCGACUUGAGCGCCGGCAGCGGCAGCGGCAGUGGCGGCGCCGGUAGAGGCGGGGACCCUGCCAGCGGCCGCGGUACACCUGCUGCCACUGGCGGUUGCUGGCCGGGCAGCAGCUGCUCAAAGGCGCACACCGCCCUGCUGUCCAGCAGCGGUGCGCUAUCAGCUGCUCGGCGGUGCCUGCUACUGGCGGGCAAGGCGGUGGUGCCGCACACGCGGGCGAUGCUGCCCGCGCCCGCAGUGCGGCGCCUCAACCUCAUGCGCGUCAUGACCUCCGCGCAGGCGGCGGUUCGGUUCAGCUAGUCAGGACUAAGCGCUGACUUAUCGCAGCGCAGUGGAGAUAAGUCUAGUUAUUGCGACGUAACUGCCGUGUUGCGUUAAAGUCACGCACGGCGCAGGACGCUCGGGUACGUGCCUGCAUGGGGCCGGACCGAGCUGGGUCUUGUAGGCGUCAGGAGCACACGGCGCUUUAUCCACCGUUGUGCUUCUGUACUGUAUUUUCGGAUCGUCCCUCUGCCGGGACGGUGACAACCCACCCGCCCCCCCUGGCGCCGCCGCGGAUUAAUGUGGUGGUACCCGUGGGCACCGCGGCGUGGUUGUCUGGACUCUGCCGUUAGGCGCUACGUGCAUGCGACACACCCAGUACUGGCAGCACUUUCGGCCACUAUUGCAACUUCAACCUGGGCGGGCUUGGGCGGGCACGGCGGACUUGGUGGGGUUAUCGGGAACUGUACGGCCCAAGCUAGGAGGCCGUAGUAUGAAGGCCGCUGCGGGCCGCAAGUGAGUUGCGAGGCUGCUUAAGCAAGGCAUGAGUGGAGGCUAUUGUCGGUUUUGAGAGAUUGGGAUUGUCGUUUGGGGCCGGCGGUUUGUAACGCUACACGGCAAUAAGUUUGUCGAGCUUGGCGAAACACCAAGUAGCCAACCUGAAUAAAGGACCCCGUCCGGAACCAACUCCACGGUGUUCACUCUAGGACCAGGCCUCCAAUCAGCACGUUUGGCAAGCAGGUGGUGGCCCUGGAUGCCAAGGCGGUGAAAAAGUACUAUCACGACGGGUCCAUGCGUUAGAGCAUGCGUUAGCAUGCGUGCCGCAUGGCCCAAACGCAUGCUUAACGCGUGAAAAGCAUGUGCUGUACGCAUGCUGGUGUUGGCUAGCGGCCGCAGCGACUCUUUCUGGAUGUACGCAUGCGUCCCGAACGCAUGCCAUACGCAUGCGUGAAGCACAUAUGCCGGUUGCGUGCAGUACUACGCAUGCCAUGGCGCAUGCGGGACGCAUGUGCGUUACCUAACGCAAGCAGCUGCCCCCAACUGCACGCUUCCCACCCGCAUGCAUGCACGCACACGUGGGGCACACGAAGCCAAUUCCCUCAACUGCUCAUUUGUGUUACAGUUCAUGCAACGGCACGUGCCGCCCGUCCAGUGUAAACGAGGAUUCGGCCUGUUUCUCUGAAGGCGUGAGUCCGCCUCCAUCCACCAGCCUC